UUUUUCGACAAUCAAAUGCUUGUCAAAACUGUCACUAGGCAUGACCACCCAUCUCUCAAACUUUCAAGAUAUUUCAAUAUUUUCUAAAUGAAUAUGAGUACUAAAUACCCAUAUUAAAUUAAAACUAAGCAACUACAAUGUAACCAUAAGAUCACUGACCAAAUACGAAAACCACGAAAAAGCAUGGGUACCGCAACUUUACAUAAACACUUACAAACCAUCCAGACCAAAGUAUGAAGAAUCUAGCUUAUUUCGUGGUCGUACUCUGCAAAUUCCACUAAUAAAUCAAGCAACCCAGGGCCUUAUUUGAUAGAAGGUAUUUUAACGCAGUCGAUAUACAAAGAAUGAAGAAGGAAACUUAUCAAGAAUAAAUGUGUUACUGAUCUCAACAAUUACUAAGAUUCAAAGCUUCAACAGAUAAAAACGUAUUACUCCUAAGUUCUGAACUUAGAAAUAGAACAAGAUGGGGAAACCAAAGUGCGACCCGCCAACCCCCACGUUCCCCUACAAGAUAUCAAAACGGCUGAACGUCAUGAGCAUCCCGCGGCCCUGGUUCACGGUGUCCGACGACGGCAUGCCGGCCUACACGCCGCGCGGCAUCCGGGCGUCGGCGCUCCGCGGCCGGGGCUCGGAACGGGUCAAUGAAGCUGCUUGGCCGUAUUUGCGCCGCCUCCUCCUCACCAAACGCAUGUACAAGCACAUGUUCUCCGCCGACCGCCUCGAACGCAUCGACCGCAUGAUCGAGAUGGCGAACAGCACCGCCUACUCUAAGCUAGCUGGCUGCGUUAUCGACCUCAAGACCAAGGACAAGAAGGACCCUAAGAAGAAAAAGGGAUGGAGCGAGACGGAGUGGAAGAAACAUAUGGACUAUAUCUCGCAGAUCGCGAAUCCAAGGAAGGACUUUACAGUGGAGGUUCCUAGGCGUGGAGAGAGACGCAAGCUGGAGCAAUUGCUGCCUCGCAUUAACAUCAUCGCUAUGCUGCCCGAGUUCAAGAUAUACCGUCGGCCCUCGCAGGAGUCCAACUACAGGGAUCCCACCAAGGUAGCGCCAAAUGCCCUCAAAUACGUCAUCUCAGAUCGAGUCAAGAAACUGGCCAAGCCCCGAGAAAUACCGACAGGCGAAUAAUCCAUCCUGUCUGAGCAGAAUAGCAUAUACGGAAUUUCAGGAAGAGUAAAGAAGAUGGCAGCAUGCCAAGUGAUACCGAAUAGCAACGAAAUCAUUUACCACCUUGAACGCUUGGAAAUAUAGCCGGAAAUUCAAUAGCAAAUAAGCCUAGAGCUCUGGGAAUACAGUCCAAGAUUCAACAACAAAUUAAGCAAUUUUAUGAAUCGCCUUUAUAUUCAACUCAAUGGGGAUUAAAAAUAGGAAAUAGACUGAUUUCUAAGCAAUAACAAUAAAACAAAAGCACAGUA